GUGACCCAGUUUUGUCUCGAGAUCCAACUAACCACGUUAUCCACAAAGACAUUCUCACAGCCACAAAUCAAAACAACAAAAAAACCACAACAAUAAUGCAUCUUCAUUCUUUCAUUUCACUUGUGUCGUGCCUCUAUGUCAUUCCACACAAUCCAAAAAAAAUAAAAUUGUCACUGCUAUUAUUUUAAGAAAUUAAAAACACCCAUUUUCUUCUUCUUUCGAUAAUAAAAAAAUGCUCUUACGUGGCGCCAUCUCCACCCCUCUCCCGCCCUCCCUCCGCCUCCGCGCAUCACCCGCCGCGCGCAGAACCGUCGCCGUCGCUUCCUCCUCCCCCAGCGGCGGCGGCGAUUACCCGCUCUCGGUCUCCGACACGGCGCUGGAGUCGCGCGGCUUCUCGCUCCGGCGUGGCGCGGAGGGGCUGGACCUGGAGUUGCUCAACUCCGUGUUCGCGGCGGUGGGGUUCCCGCGGCGGGACCCGGAGAAGAUCCGCGUGGCGCUGGAGCACACGGAGGCGGUGCUGUGGGUGGAGCACCGCAAGACGCGGCGGCCGGUGGCGUUCGCGAGGGCCACCGGCGACGGCGUCUUCAACGCCAUCAUAUGGGACGUCGUGGUGGACCCCUCCUUCCAGGGGAUCGGGCUUGGGAAGGCCGUUAUCGAGAGGCUGCUCAGGGAGCUUCGGGGAAAGGGAAUUUCCAAUAUUGCCCUCUAUUCGGAGCCUCGCGUUUUGGGCUUUUAUCGUCCUUUGGGAUUUGUUGCUGACCCGGAUGGGAUCAGGGGAAUGGUGUACUCCAGGAAACAAAAGAAAAAAUAGGAUAACUCUUCAUUUUCUUUCUCUAUUUUUUUUAAUUUAUUUAUUGAUUAUAUGAAAGUAGAGUACCAAGUUUAAUUUCCAUGCAUUAUGUUAACUGACACAUAAGGCUAUUGUUGUAGUUUAAUUAUUGAUCUUGGGUUUGAAAUGAGAAUAUGCAUGCAAUUUAUGUUAAA